AUGAGUUUCUACAAUUUGGACCGCUUUCGCUUUGACCGUAAGAGAAAAGCAGAUCAGGAACCUACAUGUCCUUCGGCAGCCAAGGUGUCAGCAGGUAAAUCUGCAGCAGCGAGUGGUGCUGCUGGAGGUGAUGAGGAUGAAGAUACAGAUGACAGCAGUGAUUUGGAUGCUCCAGCUUCAGAUGUGACAGGGAAAUAUGAGUACUUUACCAUCCCAGAAACUCCUGAAGACAAGAGGCCAAUGAAAAAGCCCUAUUUCAAGAACCGAAGAGGGAUACAGUAUCUAGAUGUGUCUUCAGACAGCGAAGAUGAACUACCAAGAAGCUUCAGUGCUGCAAAAGAAAACUGGGCUCCAAGGGGAGAUGCAGUUUUAAUCUCUGAACAGUUGAAUGUUGAUGAAGAGUCUGAAGAUGAACUGUCCCAGCUGACUUAUGCUGGGGAUCCACUGUCAACUGUGAAGAAGGGUGUAGAGGAAGGCCUCAGAGCUGCAAAGCUGCAAACACUGAAGGACUUUUUUCCUGAAAAAAAUGACCAAGAAUUGCGAGAAUUAUUAGAAUCAGCACAUACAAUGAAUGAAGCUGCUGGUUUGCAAUUCAGUUAUGAAGCUGCUUCUCAUAAAAGGAAACAUAAAGAUACUCCCCCAACUUGCAAAAAGAGUACUGACCAAGUCACAAAAAAGACAAAGACAGAUUACCUGGAUGAGGCAGAUCCCCAAAGACAAUGGGAAAGGCAAGAGAUGCUGGUGAAGAAGCUGCAAAAUACGUUCCCUGCAUUGGAUAAGGAGGAACUGAGAGAUGUACUUCAGGAACAUGAUUGGGUAUUUCAUGAAGCACUGGAGACACUGAGAUUAUUUGCAGAAGAUGAGGACAUAGAAUUUGCUCCCCACUGUGACAAUUCUGACUGGACCAAAACCUCCGACAAGAGCAGAAGUGGUAAGAGUAAAGAGAAGCUGAAGAAGCAAUCUCCCAGAAGAAAGGAGAGCAUCUUUUGGAGAAAGAGCAAACGCCAAAUGAACAUUUGGAAUACUAAAAGAGAAACAGACUCAGAGGACAAGUCAGCUUCUGAAGAUGACGGUAGUGUCUUUGACGAGGACUACAGCAGCGGCAACGAAGUGGUGGAGGAUGGCUACAAAGCGAAAAUCCUUAGCUUCCUGCAGGAUGCUUCCACAAGCGAACUGAUUUUGAUUCCCCAGUGUUCUCAGAAAACAGCUCAGAAGAUAAUAGCACUCCGGCCCUUUAAUAGCUGGGAGGCUCUGCUUGCAAAAAUGACUAAGACUGCUGGUUUGACUGAAGACAUAGUGUGGAACUGCAAGACACUGCUGAAGGAGAGGGACGUGGUUCUAAAGCUCAUGAAUAAAUGUGAAGACAUUUCAAGGAAACUGACAAAACAAGUAACCAGGCUUACUGUAGAUGGAGCAUGCGGAUGGAACAUUGCACAACCUUCCAUUCUGAAUAAGAGUUUUGUUCUCAAGCCGUAUCAGAAGAUCGGUUUGAACUGGCUAGCACUGUUGGAUAAACAUGGAUUGAAUGGCAUAUUGGCUGAUGAAAUGGGCUUAGGAAAGACAAUUCAAGCUAUUGCAUUUCUAGCUUAUCUUUACCAAAAGGGCAAUACAGGUCCGCAUUUGAUUGUUGUGCCGGCUUCAACAUUAGAUAACUGGAUAAGAGAAGUUCGUCUGUGGUGUCCUGAUCUGAAAGUCCUUUUGUACUAUGGAUCCCAAGAAGAUAGGAAACGUCUCAGAGUGGACAUAAUUCAUAAAAUGGUCGAUUUCAAUGUGAUUGUAACUACAUACAACUGUGCAAUUAGCAGCUCAGAUGAUCGAGGACUGUUUCGCAAAUUGAAACUUAACUAUGCAAUUUUUGAUGAAGGUCAUAUGCUCAAGAACAUGAGCUCUGUACGCUACCAGCACCUUAUGACAAUUAAUGCACAGCAUCGCUUACUGCUGACUGGGACUCCAGUUCAGAAUAACCUGCUGGAAUUGAUGUCCCUCUUGAAUUUUGUCAUGCCACAUAUGUUCAGCAGUAGCACAGCUGAAAUCCGAAGGAUGUUCUCUUCAAAAACAAAGAGUGCUGAAGAGCAAAGUGUAUAUGAAAAAGAGAGGAUUGCACAUGCAAAGCAGAUAAUAAAACCAUUCAUCUUGAGAAGAGUAAAAGAUGAGGUCCUUAAACAACUACCUCCUAAAAAAGAUUUCACUGAAUUGUGUGCCAUGUCCCAGAAACAGGAACAACUAUACUGUGAUCUCCUAAAAAAGCUCAAGAAAAAUAUUAAGAGUAAUGAGAAAAACUCGGAUAUGGGAAAUGUGAUGAUGCAACUUAGGAAAAUGGCUAAUCACCCUCUCUUGCAUCGCCAGUAUUACACAAAUGACAAGCUCAGGAAGAUGUCCAAACUUAUGCUCAAGGAACCCACGCAUCGCGAUGCUAACCCCGACCUUAUCUUCGAAGAUAUGACGGUAAUGACGGAUUUCGAACUGCAUUUGCUUUGUGAGCAAUACUCUCACGUCAAUGGCUUCAAGUUAGACAUGGAUACGAUCUUGGAUUCUGGAAAGUUUAACGCACUGGACCGCAUUCUUUCUGACCUUAAAGAGAAGGGAGACAGAGUUGUAUUGUUUAGCCAAUUUACUAUGAUACUGGAUAUUCUGGAAGUUUUCCUAAAACAAAAGGAACACAGAUACAUUAGAUUGGAUGGAAAAACACAGAUUUCUGACCGGAUACAUCUAAUAGAUGAGUUCAAUAACGAUAAGGAUAUAUUUAUAUUCCUCCUGUCAACCAAAGCUGGUGGAUUGGGAAUUAAUCUGACCUCGGCAAAUGUUGUUAUUCUUCAUGACAUUGAUUGCAACCCAUACAAUGACAAGCAAGCAGAAGACCGAUGCCAUAGAGUAGGACAGACAAGAGAGGUGAAAGUCAUAAAGCUAAUCAGUAAGGGGACUAUUGAAGAAUACAUGCUCAAAAUCAACGAGCAAAAAUUGAAGUUAGAACAAGACAUGACUGCAACAGAUUCAGGAGAAGAAGGAAGCAUUCCAGCAGAUAUAGCCACACUAUUAAAAGCUUCAUUAGGUCUCUAAAUAUGCUGUGAAAUUCAAGGA